UCGGAGGUCUUUGUUCGUUCUCCUUCAACCGGCUGGGCUCUGCGUCGUCGUCCACUGUCCUUCUAGGGUGGCCGGGUUCUUUUCUGUUUGCGCAGGAACAAGUUAGCGACAAAACAUUUACUAGUUUGGAGUUUAAAGUAUGUCAUCAUGGCAAAAUUUCGAAGAAGGACCUGCAUCAUUUUGUCACUUUUUAUCCUAUUUAUUUUUUCUCUGAUGAUGGGCUUAAAGAUGCUGUGGCCAAACGCAGCAUCCUUUGGACCUCCUUUUGCACUUGACCUCCUUCCCGAACUCCGUCCACUAAAUGCCCACUUGGUAAACAAAGCUGACUUCCAAAGGAGUGAUAGAGUCAACAUGGAAACAAAUACCAAGGAUGUAAAAGGCGCUGGCAUGACUGUGCUGCCACCCAAAGCCUCUGAGGUGGACCUGGAAGAACUACCUCCUCUGAAUUACUUUGUACAUGCAUUUUAUUACAGUUGGUAUGGAAAUCCACAGUUCGAUGGUAAAUAUAUACAUUGGAAUCAUCCAGUCCUGGAACACUGGGACCCUAGAAUAGCCAAGAACUAUCCACAAGGGCAGCAUAGUCCUCCAGACGACAUUGGCUCCAGCUUUUAUCCUGAGUUGGGAAGUUACAGCUCUCGAGACCCUUCUGUCAUAGAAACUCACAUGAGACAAAUGCGCUCAGCCUCAAUUGGAGUACUGGCCCUGUCUUGGUACCCACCUGAUUCAAGUGAUGAGAAUGGAGAAGUUACUGAUCACUUGGUACCAACUAUUUUGGAUAAAGCUCAUAAAUAUAAUCUGAAGGUCACUUUUCACAUAGAGCCAUAUAGCAAUCGAGAUGAUCAAAACAUGCAUCAAAAUGUCAAGUAUAUUAUAGACAAAUAUGGAAACCAUCCAGCCUUUUAUCGGUACAAGACCAGGACUGGGCUGUCUCUGCCCAUGUUUUAUGUCUAUGAUUCUUAUAUCACAAAGCCUACAACAUGGGCCAAUCUGUUAACCCCCUCCGGAUCUCAGAGCAUUCGCAGUUCUCCUUAUGAUGGAUUGUUUAUUGCACUUCUAGUAGAAGAAAAGCAUAAAUAUGAUAUUCUUCAAAGUGGUUUUGAUGGAAUUUACACAUAUUUUGCCACAAAUGGCUUUACAUAUGGCUCAUCUCAUCAGAAUUGGAAUAACCUGAAAUCAUUUUGUGAAAAGAACAACUUGAUAUUUAUCCCAAGUGUAGGCCCAGGAUACAUAGAUACAAGCAUCCGUCCAUGGAACACUCAGAAUACCCGAAACAGGGUCAAUGGGAAGUAUUACGAAGUUGGUCUAAGUGCUGCACUCCAGACCCACCCUAGUUUAAUUUCCAUCACCUCCUUCAAUGAGUGGCAUGAAGGAACUCAAAUUGAAAAGGCUGUCCCCAAAAGAACUGCUAACACAGUAUACCUGGAUUACCGGCCUCAUAAGCCAAGUCUUUAUCUAGAACUAACUCGAAAGUGGUCUGAAAAAUACAGUAAGGAAAGAAUGACAUAUGCAUUAGAUCAACAGCUACCUACUUCAUAAUGUAUCACAGUUUAUCACGUCUCCUAGCUUAAGUUAAUGCUCUGUGUUUUGAGUUAUGGAAAGAAAACUGUCAAAAUCAAUGUAUGCUUGCUACUGUAACCUUCAUCACUUAUUUUUACUUUUUAAAAGAUUUAUUUUCCUACAGUGAAUAAUACCUUACAGAGAAAACAUCUGACAAGAAAGGUUGUGUCAAUAACAUUCCUGAUGAUGUAGUUUUCUGAAUUUCUAACUACAAUUGAAAAUUUUAAUGGGAUGACCUUUUAGGUUUUUGUUUCACAGUAGAAAAAAAUGAUUGUCUUUCCAUCACAAAAGCAGCUAAUGUUCAGGUAAGUUGUACUUAUAUUCUGGGUCCAAAGACAUAGAGGGAUGUGCAUGUUAGGGACAUCUGGCAAAAAAAAGAGUUAAGGCCUAAGGAACAGUAAGUGAACAUGCCUCAUUUCUGGACUCUUCAAUGAAGCUUGUUAAUAUUCAGAUUCUGGCUGGCUUCCCUAGUGAUGAAGCUCACUUCUCAAGUUUCUUGUGAACACAGACUUGUUUAAGUAGCAAGUUAUUUUAUUAGAUUUUCCUAUUUCUGUUAGCCAUGGUCUAUUAACGAAAGGCUUUGUGCAGAACAUCCAUCAGCAUCAUCGUUUGAAGACUUGGGUGCCUGUGGUGCUAAGUGCUUUUGCAUGUUUAAUGCCCUGGUUUGUCCUGCUGAAUUAGAGAUUAGAAACAACAGGUAGUUUGAUAAAUAUUAACAACUGCUCUUAUCUAUGAGGAAAACCAUUGUUUCUCACUAGUUAAAAUAAAUGUUCACCAGAGACUACUGAACUGGGAAAGGAUAAUGUCAAUACUCAAAAAGAGUGGUUUCCUUUUAAUAUUUUAAUUUAAUUUUACUGUAAGAUAGAAAAUUUACUUAUCACUUCAAAACUAGAGAUAAAUAAAUAUUUUUAAAGUAACAUUGUAUUUUUCAGUUAUGUCCUCAUUUGAAUGUCUUACACUUUUAUAGUGGUUAUUGGUUUAAAAAGAAACUAUUAGUGAUCCAUAGCUGUCAUUUAGUUAUAAAUGGAUAAGUUCUCUUCUAAAAAUAAAAUUUUGUAAAAGUGAAAAUAGGAGAAAUUGAAUUCAAUAUUUAUAGUUAAAUUAGAAAAAACAGCCAGUGUACAUAAUUUUACACAACUGUUAUUUCUUAGUUUUACAGAGAGAAUCAGUUGAGUAACACUAACAAAUAAUGCAUGCCAGUCUUUGUAGCAUAAAGACAUUCAGAAACAAGGAAGUUCUGGAAUUUAUCUUAAAAUACCCAGCAGAGAGAAAACAGUUUAGGGUAAAGGUAACUGAUAUAUGUGUAAAGUUCUUGCUGUACAGGCAUGAGGACCUGAGGCUGAACACCUUGAACUCACACAGACUCACAUGAGCUCAGUAGCAUACAUAUUCUAAUCCACAGCUCUUCCAGCGAACUAGACAAAACGUGGGGCAAGACAGAGCCCAGAAGUUUGUGAGCCAGUUAGCCUGAUAUACAAAGCAGCAAAUAAGACAUCUGUCUCAAACAUGGUGGGAGCCAAGGUCAGCAGGCAAGGUUGCUCUGACAUUUACACCCACCUCAUGUCAUACUCAGUCCCCUCUUACUGUGGAAGGUUUCAGAUACUUACUUAUACACAGCUUUUUUCAAACUUAUAAAAAUAACGCUUUUAGAAUAAAAUCUUUUUCAGGAGUAAUGUUAACAUUAUUACAUAAAUUUUCUAUUUAUCAGAAAAUUAUUAGGCCAUAAAAAUUAUGAGAAUAGUAACCUGAUUUUUCCAGAUAUAUUGUAAGAAUAAUUUAAUAUAGUAAUAUUUUAAUAUUACACAUCUCCAUUGGAAUGAGGAGAAAUAUAACUUAUAGAUUUUUUCUUUGCUACUACAUUAAAGCUGAAUUAUUAAUACAGAGUUUUAUAGCAUAUGUUGUUUUCUUCAUUCCUUACAUGACAUUUUAUAUUUGAG